AUGGGCGAGCAGAACGCCGAUGACACUAUACUUCAGCAUUGUGAGGUCGUCUUCUCAGUUCUACGCCUCAGCACUACAUUCAACACAGCUUGCCUUGAUGUGCUGCUCACUGUUUAUUGGGCAGCCAUGAGCUCUGCCUUGUGGAGCCAGGAGAAGUCCAGUGGGGGCUUCAGGGAGGACUGGCGCUUCUACAUGGUAAUCAAAGAGUGUACAGUGGAGAAGCCUCCCCAAAAGACCUUGAGGAUUCCUCGUGGAAGUCUUGGCCAGGCAUGCCAGGAACAACUCGAUGAGAAACUGGCAGAGCUUCUCUUCCCCAUCACUAACUGCGAGGAGCGCUACAGUCUACGCUGCAAUAAGUCACGACUGGAGCGUGUGCGGGACAUUGACUGUGGCUCCAAGGUUCGCGUCCUACUCCGGUCAGGGGAUGAGCCUCUGCCUGGUGUGGUCCGGUUUAAGGGCUCUCUGCUGCCAGACCGGGCUCUUUCUGGGAUCUGGUUUGGAGUGGAACUACUGGAGGAAGGCAGAGGACAAGGAUUCACAGAGGGUUCCUAUCAGGGCCGCCAGCUUUUCCGCUGUGAAGACGAGUGUGGGGUGUUUGUAGCUUUAGACAAACUUGAACUUUGGGAGGAGGAUGAUGAAGACGCUCUGGGAGAGCUGGAUGUGGAACAUGUCAGCCUGGUAGAUGAUGAUCAGGACUAUCCUCCACUUCCACCACUAGAGAUCAACUCUAGGGUCUUAGUGCAGACCAGAGGUGGCCCAGAGAGGGGGACUAUAAUAUUUUGCGAUCUGCUGCCCGGAAAUGAGAGCUUGGGCUACUAUGUGGGUGUCGACAUGGACAAUCCUAUUGGCGACUGGGACGGUGUGUUUGAUGGAAAGCUGCUAUGUAAUUUUGCCAGUUUGGAGCAUACAAAACUAGUUCCCAUAUGUGACGUUAUGCCAGAAUAUUCCAUGCAAGACCAAAGGCUGCCAAAGCACAGUUUUCCCACCAGGGGCACCAACAAUGACAAAUCUGGCCAAAACAAACCAAAGAGUAAAGGUUUAGGUCACCAGUGUGGCAGUAGAAGCAAGUCUGACUUUUACUAUACUUUAAAUGGCAGCUCUGUCGAUCCUCCCCCUCAGUCCAAAUCCAAAAGCACAUGGUACAUUGAUGAAGUUGGAGAGGACCCUGCCAAGUCGCUCACUGAAACCCCCCCUGACUUUAACCAGGCUUCUCCACCUUCCCGUGCACCACCUUCAGCCUCUCUGUCCAGCGAUAACAAGUUCCACUCCCUGCCCUUUAGCUUGAAUAGAAAGACCGGGCCCAACGACAGCAUAAGCCAUGGGCCGCUGUCUCUGUCUGUCCAGUCUGUGAUGGGGGAGCAGCUUGAGGCCUUGUCACCUGCUGCACCGUCCUCACCCCGGCCUCCCUCACCGCCUCAUGGACAACCGGGAUUGGAGGUGGGCUCUCUGGUGGAAGUGAAGGAAAAUCCCCCUCUUUGUGGGGUCAUCCGCUGGGUGGGACUGCCCCCUGGACUGUUGGAGCCACUGGCUGGACUAGAAUUGGAAGACGAAUGCCCCGGUUGCACUGAUGGAACCUUCAAAGGUACUCGUUACUUUACUUGCCCACCAAAAAAAGCCCUCUUUGUAAAGCUCAAGUGCUGUCGACCCGACUCCCGCUUCCCUUCCUUACACCAUUCCUCCAACCCCAUAGAGAGAUGCAACUCCAUUGCUUUUGGGGGUUACUUAAGUGAAGUCGUGCAUGAAAACACCCCACCCCGGACAGAGAACGAUGGUCUCGAUGUUAUGGUGGGGAAAAAGAAGGGUAUACAAGGCCACUACAACUCCUGCUACCUUGAUUCUACUCUGUUUUGUCUUUUUGCCUUUAGCUCUGUACUAGAUACGGUUUUGUUAAGACCACGUUCUAAGACAGAUGUGGAGUAUUACAGAGAGACACAGGAACUGCUGCGCACAGAGAUCGUGAAUCCCUUGCGGAUACACGGAUAUGUGUGUGCCACCAAAAUCAUGAAGCUACGGAGGAUCCUGGAGAAGGUGGAGGCGGCAUCUGGUUUUACUUCAGAAGAGAAAGACCCAGAGGAGUUUUUAAAUAUUCUCUUUCAUCACAUUCUCAGAGUGGAUCCUUUGCUCAAGCUAAGGUCUGCUGGUCAAAAGCAGCUCCUCGAGUGGUCUUUCAUUAACAGUGACCUCAAGUUUGCAGAGGCUCCUUCCUGCCUUAUCAUCCAGAUGCCCCGUUUUGGCAAAGACUUCAAAAUGUUCAACAAGAUUUUCCCCUCCCUGGAGUUGGACAUCACAGACCUACUUGACGACACUCCAAGAGAAUGUCGAAUCUGCGGCGGCUUGGCUCUGUACGAGUGUCGAGACUGCUACGAGGAUGGAGAUAUCACGGCUGGCAAGAUAAAACAGUUUUGUGAGAAAUGCAAUACACAGGUUCAUCUCCACCCAAAGAGAAAAGCACAUCGACAUGGUAAACUUUCUGUCCCAAAGGAGCUCCAAGAGGGAAUGGGUCGACAGGGGAGCUUCCCCCGACAGAGGAUGGAACUGUUUGCUGUGCUUUGUAUAGAAACCAGUCACUAUGUGGCCUUUGUCAAAUAUGGGAAUGCAGACUCAGCCUGGCUCUUCUUUGAUAGCAUGGCUGACCGAGAUGGAGGACAGAAUGGGUUUAACAUACCGCAGGUGUCUCCAUGUCCAGAGGUCGAAGCCUACCUUAAAAUGAGUCCAGAAGAACUACACGCUCUGGACCCAAAGAGCAUCCAAGGGCAGGCGCGCCGCCUCCUGUGUGAUGCUUACAUGUGCAUGUACCAGAGCCCCACCAUGAGCCUCUACAAGUAG